UUUUUYAGAUAAUUUAUUCUGCAUCCUUUUAUUUUGAAAUUUAGUAUUCUAUUUAAUGGACAUUGUUCGGCACCCUAUUAAAUUAUUAGUAUAAAAAGACAACAUCACGUCGUUCGUUCCUGCGGGAAUAAUGACAACAGCAAAUCUCUUCAUGAAAAGCACAAAAGUCAACCUUUCGUUCUACCGCUAGGUCAUUACUACUAUACAACCUGCAAGUGGCAAUGGGUUGUGGGAGCUCAGUGGAGAAUGUUCUAAGUGAGCGGAAUUUUCUUGACAUGCAAAAAUUGKCGAAGUCUGUAGAGCUGACAGCAGAGCAGAAAUAUCUAAUUAGAGAGACGUGGAGAUUCCUUGAAGUGUCCAAACGAGAAAUUGGAGUUUCGGUGUACAAAAGAUUUCUUAACAUGCACCCUGAACUCAUAAAACACUUCUCAGAAUUCCGAUCGAUCGAUAUAAAUGAGAUCAAUGGUCGACAUGGUCAUCCUAGGCGUCUUCUCAUGGCUAUCGACAACGCUGUUACAGCCAUGGGCGAUUCUGAAAGCUUUUAUGCAUAUUUGAUCGAGCUUGGACGACGCCAUAUUGAACUGAAUUUAAGGAUAUCUCAAUCACAUUUUGAAGGUCUUCGCAAGUGUUUUAUAUCAGUAAUUAUGGAAAUUCUCACCUCCGCUUCGUAUUGGAAUAGCAAAGUCGAGGAGGCCUGGGAAGCAUUAUUUUGCAGUAUAAGUACAAUGAUGCUAAAAGGUUUAUCAUUACGUCACAUAAAAUGAGCCAAUCAAAUGUUCUUACCAUAUGUUUACCUUAUUUGGAAAUGCAAGACAUGAAUAGUCCAGGUUCCCUUUGGCACAAAUAAGGAAAUAAGGUGCACACUGGAUCGCUUUCUGCCGUAUAAUACUCCUUCUAAUUCCUAAUUCCUAAGUUCUCGUAUCUGACCUUCCCUAUUGGCACUUUUAAGUGUUAAGUAACAAUGCGCUAAAGAACUAGGGAACUCUCUAUUGUUCUGCGGCAUAGCAAGUUCCCCAUGU